AUGGCAGAAUACAAAUUAUCUGCAUCUUUGGCUGGUCAUGAAGACGAUGUUCGAGCUGUAGCUUUCCCAUCUGCGAAAGCUGUAGUUUCGGCUUCUAGAGAUGGAACAGUACGAUUAUGGAAACAACUCUCAGAUCAUCCACCAAUAUUCGAUGCCACCAUUUCCUCUCAUGCAACAGCUUUCGUAAAUACAGUCGCAUAUUUACCGCCGAGCUCUCAAUUUCCAGACGGUUUAGUUAUCUCAGGUGGAAAAGAUACCGUUAUUGAAGUUCGACAGCCUUCGAAAGGACCAGAAGAAAAUGCGGAAGCGCUACUUAUAGGACACAGUCAUAACAUAUGUGCUUUGGAUGUCGAUCCAGCUGGGCGAUUUAUAAUCAGUGGAAGUUGGGAUGCGGAAGCAAGAAUAUGGCCAUUAGGAAAAUGGGAAUGUGAAUCGGUUCUCAAAGGACAUGAGGGCAGCGUCUGGGCCGUUCUUGCUAUAGAUUCGGAAACUGUCAUCACUGCUUGUGCGGAUAAACUCAUUAGAGUAUUCAACACCAGUGGCAAAUUACUGCGGACUAUUCGAGGUAGUGCAGAUGUUGUUCGAGCUCUUUGCAGGUUACCCAAAGGUCAUCCAUCCGGGGCAGAUUUUGCGUCUGCAGGUAAUGAUGGCGUAAUCAGAUUAUGGACUCUCUCUGGCAAGCAGGUGGCAGAAUUACAUGGGCAUGAGAACUUCAUUUAUUCUAUUGCCUCUACAUCUUCCGGAGAAAUUAUCAGUUCUGGUGAAGAUCGGACUUUGAGAAUAUGGAAAGACAGUCGGUGCAUCCAAACAAUUACACAUCCUGCAAUUUCGGUCUGGGGUGUAGCUGUGUGUGGAGAAAAUGGAGAUAUUGUUUCGGGUGCAAGUGAUAGAGUGGUGCGAGUCUUCACGAAAAAUUCGGAGCGUUUCGCAGAUGCAGAGACAACAACAUUAUUUGAAGACUCAGUCAAGGAAUCAUCUAUACCUCAACAAUCUUUGCCUGAAGUUAAUAAGGAGAAGCUUCCUGGACCAGAAUUCCUUACACAAAAGAGUGGCACUAAGGAAGGACAAGUCCAAAUGAUCCGUGAGUUAAAUGGAGCUGUUACUGCACAUACAUGGUCCAGUGCACAAGGUCAGUGGAUAAAUGUAGGCACUGUUGUUGAUGCUGUUGGAAGCAGUGGAAAGAAAGUCGAAUACCUCGGAAAGGAGUAUGAUUUUGUCUUUGAUGUUGAUAUUGAGGAUGGCAAACCUCCCCUCAAACUUCCUUAUAACUUAUCUCAAAACCCAUAUGAAGCUGCUACGAAAUUCAUUGCAAAUAAUGAACUUCCAGUAACCUACUUGGAGCAAGUAGCCAAUUUCAUCACAACCAAUACUCAAGGAGCUACGAUUGGCCAAACUCAAGAAAGUUCUGGACCGGAUGCAUGGGGUAGCGAUCAAAGAUACCGACCAGGCGAGGGAGAGUCCUCAGCCCCUGCAAAUAUUCCACCACCACCCAAGGUCCUCCCACAAAAAGAGUAUCUCUCGAUUAUCGUGGCUUCAGUACCAAAGAUGCAAAAGAAGAUUGAAGAAGUCAACAAAGCAUUGAUUAAUGAUGGUCAAAAGGGUGUGUCCCUCAAUCCUGAAGAGCUCGAAGUUCUUCAAACCCUCCGAAAACAUCUCGAAUCUACCGGCGCCACAAAUACUUCUCAAUCUGUUAGUGGAGGUCUUGACUUAGCAAUCAAGCUCUCAACUCAUUGGCCCUACAAAGACCGACUCGCUGGACUCGAUCUCCUCCGUCUCCUAGCCAUUGCACCUGAAACCGCAACUUUCCGUACCAACGAUGGCCAGUCCAUUAUCGAUGUAUUUUCACAAGCUGCUCUAGAAUCUUCACCUCCUUCCGAAAAUCACGUCAUGAUGGCCGUUCGUGGCUUUGCUAAUCUUUUUGAUUCCACCGAAGGUCGCCAAUUAGCCACAGACAAUUUUGAUAAAGUCCAUGACUUGAUCAAGACAGCUAUUCAAGCCUCUACAAAUAGAAAUUUAUUGGUAGCUGCUACGACCGUCUAUAUUAACUAUGCUGUUCUAUUUACAGAAACAGACCCGGAUUUCGAACAAGUUCUUGCUGUUUUGGAUACAGUCACGAGUAUCUUGAAGACACAAGUCGAUAGUGAAGUGAUUUAUAGAGGAUUAGUGGCCCUAGGUACGCUUUUGACUGUGGGAGAUGAGAUUAGAGAGGCUGGGAAGGAUGUUUAUGGCGUUUUGACCGCGGUGGAUGGCUGUGUGAAGAAGGCGACUGAUCCACGCGUGAAGAAUGUUGGGAAGGAGAUUAGAGAGUUACUUGCGUAG